UUAAAUAAUCUAAUUAUGAAAAAUUUGCAAUUUUUAAGCGAUUUCAUGUCUUUAAAGUAUCCGAAAAAUUGUUUUUACUCGAUCAAAUUAUGUUUCACUUCCGAAAAUUCCCGAAGCUCUAUUCGGCUCACUCGGGUACCCACAUAGAAAAUGGAGUUUAAGCAAAGCAACCAAAGCAGCUAUUCGCCAUCGUUGAUGGGCGCACAACGACGGUUUGGAGCUGGGUGUAGCACGUAUUUCGUGAAAAAUCUGUAUUUUUGUGCUUAAUGCGAGUAAAAAUUACGUCGAGGUAAAACCGAAAUCGUACGGAAAACGUUUGAAGAUUUUUACAAAAUGUCAUCUGCACAAGUUGAUCGUUCCACUAAAGUGGGUCACAUUACCAAGAAAGAAAGCGAGAAGUCAAGAAAGACUUUUAAUCAGUCUCAUAAGAAACACAAGCACGAGGACAGUCGUCAUUUUAAAUUUGGAAGAAAGCGUUUGCAAAGUUUUACUAGCAAUGGUAAAUUUUUUCCACCAUAUAAACGUAGAAAGAAGGAAGGUGUGAUCAUUCCACCGACAAAAUUUUUACUCGGUGGUAAUAUAUGUGAUCCGUUGAACCUAAACAGUAUGCAAGAUGAAGAGAUAAAUAGAGCUAUGAAUGCAGUUACACCUAAGUCUAGCCCUUUACCAACGCCUAAGCAUAAGAAAGAGGUUAUCGAAGUCAUAAUACCACCCAAUAUCUGUGAUCCUCUGAAUCUAAAUAAUUGUAAUGAUAAUGAUAAUGAUGAAUAUGAAAAACAACUUAUAUCUCCAACUAAAAAAGGUUCUAAACGCCGAAAUAGAAAGAAAAAAAGGGCAUCUUCAGGGUCCGGCAAGGAUGAUGCAAGUGAAUCAAUUGAAACUAUAUCUAAAGAAUGUGAUACUAUUGAUAUUACAGAACCCAUGGAACAAAGUGUGUCUGAAAGUAUUGAGACAGAACAACAACAGGCACCAUUAAAUUCACCUCCACCUAAUCAGUCUAAAGAACCUAAGCCAGAAAGUCCACAAAAAGAUAAAAAUAAAUUACGUUUAAAGGGGUUAGAAGAACCUAAGGACAAAAGAUUAAGGAAAGUGGACACUAAAGAUAAGAUUGUUAGUCCUGUUAUACCUCAACCUGGAGCCUGGAAGUCCAGACCUCAACAUCGGCCAAGUCAAGAUAAAAAGAAGAAGCAACCAAUGCCAAACUUCAGAGAGAAGGAUGCACAUUAUCAAUAUGGCAAUUAUAAUAGGUAUUAUGGCUAUCGUAACUCCUAUCAUGAAGUGGACACAAGACUGACAGUGUUUGCACAGCGCAAGCAUUUAUUCUUUGGGAAGGAUGUUCUUGAUAUUGGUUGCAACAUUGGCCACAUUACCCUUUCUGUUGCCAGAGAUUUUUCAGCCAAAAGUGUAACUGGUAUUGAUAUUGAUCGAACACUCAUCAAUAUUGCUAGAAAAAAUAUCAAACACUAUGUUAAUUGUGUACAGUCUCCAGCCAGGAACGAAAACAAUGAUCACCAGGAUGUAAAUUUCUUCCCAAUAUCUAUGCCGAUCAAUUAUGGUCCAGUUGAUAUUCCAGGUUUCACAAAGAAUAACAGUCACAAAGGUUUCCCUUACAAUGUUACAUUUGUACAGGGGAAUUACGUGCUAGAGGAUGAUACUCUAUUAUGCACAGAGCAGCCACAGUUUGACACAAUCCUCUGUUUAUCUUUAACCAAAUGGAUACAUUUAAAUUUUGGAGAUGCCGGUUUGAAGCAAGCCUUCAAACGUAUGUACGCACAGUUACGGCCGGGUGGAGUGCUAGUAUUGGAACCACAAGGAUGGAGUAGUUAUACAAAGAAAAAGAAUCUUACAGAACGGAUAUACAAGAAUUAUCGGAGUAUCGAAUUUCGGCCUCACAAUUUCACACAGUAUUUAUUAUCAUCCGAAGUCGGAUUCUCCAAAUGCGAGGUGCUAUCAAUUCCCCCACAUCCAUCAAAAGGAUUUCAGCGACCAAUUCAGCUGUUCACCAAAGCUGGUCCGUUCCAAGAAUCUUCGAGCAAUUCCAACACGUCGAAGCGGCAAGAUCGGAUAGACGAAAAGACAAGGGAAAUUGAACGAAAAGCAUAUGAGAAGAAGUUGUUCAAAAAGGACGAAGUUAAAGAAGGAAACUUGUCAGAGAUCAGUCAACAGAGUAACGAGUCUAUGAGUCAAUACGAACAACUGGAAAACGUAUAUGCGCCUAGUACAACUCCCUGUUACGAUACGCCUGGUCACAACAGUGACAAUCAGCCAUCUGACGCUUCGAAGAUGUGUUACGUGGACGUCAAUAUGGAGAACGAUAAAACAGAAGCAGAAAGUCAAGCGGAACCAAACGCAACGACGAAUACACAGUCGGUACAUCAAAACAGCGACUCGACUGAAAAUCACGUGUCGAGGAAACGGAACAUUGACGCGGUAGCCGGUAAUGCGUGCACGGUAGUCGCGAAAAGGUCUAAAAUUCUGGAUGAAGCACCAGUAAACGAAAGGACAAAGGAAACUCAGAAAGAAGAAACAUCGCAGAGGUCAGUUUCUGUAAAUAACAGUGAAGAUUCAAGGACUGAAGAACACGGAGAGAGUGGAAGUAGGAGUCCGUGCAAAGAAGAACAAAUAGAGAGGCAACAUUGCGAGUUAACCCCAGACAACACGUAAACUACAUUGUUUACGUAGAACACGAGUGGUGCUACCAAUUCAAACUCGGGCUGCUUGGUUAUCCAUUUUCUUGUCCGACUUUUCUUUUGUUAUUUGUUUUUCCACUUUUCUUUUUUUCAUCUUAAGAAAUUGGUUGUCUAUUCCGAACAGAGUUUAGAAAUCUCAGCAGCAAUGUAGUAUCGACACAGAUAAAUGAGAACAAUAGAACGAGCAAGAACGUUCAGACUAUCGUUAGCACGUAGUUCCAUUGCUCGAUUUCCGUUCACGUUUUCUGUCAUUUAGGUUUUGCUUUUUUGUAAACAGAUUCGACUUUAUAGAAUACCUGGUGAGAGUUUCAGUGUAAUGUAAUUCGAAUUGGAGCGUCUGAAAUUCGACUGGCAAGUUACACUCCAAGAGACUCACGAAGAACGAUACAACAAAAACACUGUACAUGAUAGGAAUUGUAUCGCUUUACGUAUAAUAGUAUGUACGAAUGUAUAAUGUGUAUAUGCGAACUGUGCCUGAACGUGUUGACAGAGAAAGAAAGGGAGAAGCAAGGCAACGUGGAUGAUCGAAACAAAUUCUAAGCACGUGCCUAAAAUGCAUUUUGCAUUCUGCUGUAUCUGAGCACGUUUUCAAACAUUCUAGUGGGUUAGUCGACCAAAGUCUGACUUUUUGGCUUUACCAUGUCUUUCGACGGGAACGAUGUAAAAAAGAAAAGGCAGAAGAGAAGGCAAAGGACAUUUGCGAGUGUGAUAAGGACACGACUUCAGGUUGCGUUUCGAGACGCAUAACUGUUCAGUGCUUCAGUGUUUUUCCUUUGUACAAAAAUAACAGCACCAGCAGUUUCUCGUUGAAACUCAUCCUGGAACGAGAGCGUGAGAAGGGAGAACGUUUAUUAUUACAUUAAUUGUAUUAACGAUCGGUAGGAACAUUGUCUGCCUUUUUAAUAUUUUAGAAUCGUAGACAGUGUUCCUUCAAUUCAAAAGUUUUAACCUAUUGAUUGGCAUGGUCUGAAAAUUCUGAAUUACCGAUUGGUAAAUAGAAAUGUCUUAAAGUAACUAUAGUGACUUUAAUGUUUACUAUAGUGAUUUUAAUGUUUUAAUUUUCAUACCUGAUAUAACCUAACUAUUGUACUUCAACUAUGCCGGUCAAUUAACAGUGUUUAAAACCGAUCAAUUAUUUUUUAUUUACCAUUUUUGUUUACAUUCGUUUGUUUGUUGGUUUGUUCAUUUAUUUUUGGUUGCAGGAGAGAGAGUGUGCGAGAGAGAAUGAACGAACUAGUAUUGUAUAGAAAAACAAAAGAAAAAGCGUAAGAGUGGAGACGAGUGGAUCAGCAUCUGAAAAGAGCGGGAAAGUGGAGACGAUUGGGAAACCUUAGAGACUGUAGGACUUGUAAAUUUCUGUAAUUUUAGAGGAGUAUUGUUUCAUAUAGUUGUUAUUUAUUUAUAUAAUGCCGAGAUCUUCGAAUUUGUUGAUAGUACCCGGACCGAUCGGAGUUGACGAAAGUAUUAUUAUCGUUGAGCGUCACUCGUUACACGUAAGUCGACACACACAAACACACGCGUACCGAGGAUUAUUCAAUGUACAAAAAGGAAAGAAAAAGUUCCUCAACGAGAUAGAAGAAAGCGAGAAAAAAGUGACGAAAGCUUCCAAGGUGUAUUGAACAGGCGGCUUUCCUUCUAAUUCAAAUCUAGUCCGUAUGAUCGUCGAGGAAGAAUGGAAUAAUGCUUACGCAAAAAGUCAUUUCUUACUCGAGCGAAAAAAAGAAGAAACCGUUGUUCUUGAUCCGGUGAAUUUCGCUCUGAGACAUUUCUGCUCGAUUAUUCGUAUCACUGACAAUUACGAAAUAAUUGAUAAGUUAUUAGGAAGUAAAGAUCAGGAAAAGAAUCGAUAAAAACUUGUCCUUGUGUUAAUUGGUUUUUUUUUCGGUGCAACCGUGACCAACUUAACGGUGUAUUUAACGAUAAUAUUUCUUGUAAUCAAAGUACAAAUGUUCGUUUGAAUCUCUGUAUGAACAUUUCGAGCAGGAAUGUAUCCUCGGACAUUUCUGUCUUCUAGAAUAUGGAAAUGUCGGAGAGAACGCGACGAUGAAGCACAAAACAAAAUCCGGGCGCAAUCACUUUUCCAUGUUGUGUGAGAUGAUGAGAAACAAAAUGAACCACUUAGACGCUUACCAGGAACACUCAUACUGUAAGACAUCAAAUUAAUAAUAAAGAAUCGCUUUGAGCCACCAAACGUGUUUCCUCUGUUCUGACCUGUGGAGAGAAGAAACAGAAGACUUUUAAGCCAAGUCUUGAGAUUGCAAGCUAUGAGUUAUGAGGAAUAAAUUAUAUUUAACACGUUGCUCCACAGAUAGUCUGGGGAGUAGUGAACCUACAUCCUUUGUUUCACAGCAUGGCGCAUCGAACACCAAAAUUUACUUCUGGCUGCGAUUAUGACGUCCAUUCUCUUAAAUACUCCAAAGAAUUAAUUACAGAUGACUUCUCUUUAAAUAACGCUGUAUAAAUUAACGUGGACAAGUUAGGAAUAAUUUUAGGGAGUCUGAGGUUUGAAGGAAAGAAGAGUUACUAUAAUUUUGGUUGGACCAUUAAAACGCAGCCCAUAAAUUUUGAAUUCGAUGCCAUGGCAGUGACGAUCCCGUGUGUAGCUAAAC